GCAGUGUUUAAAGCGAUCGAUUGAUCUAAAUUGGUCUUUAAAACAUUUGCAUAUGACCAUUGAUUAGAAUUUAUGCAAAUUUGAGACGGAUUUGUUCGUAGUUUUUUCUACAAAUUGGAUUUGAGGUUUGUUUACCAAUUCUCUCCGGCGAGCAUGGAUGUUGUUGGACAGCCUAAUUUUCAGAUCUUUGUAUACAAGGCAGUCCCUGUAAUUAGUUGUAUGAUUUCCUCCGCAAUUACUUUUUUCAUAGUGGCAUCGUCUUUCUUGGACGUGCAAUCAGAUCUGCACACAAACACUGCAUGUGCCGAAUUCUUGGCAGAUCGUACAUUGAACUGGACCAUUUCUCUUGUGUGGCUCUUCUACCCUGCGAUGAAGCAAGGAUUUAAAAUUAUGUAUGUAUUGUCACUGGCGAAGCAAAUUAAAUUUUAGGCUGUUUCUAAUUGCGAGAAUGGCUCUUAGAAAAUUCGCCGUGAAGUGGCGAAAGAACUUACGAAAAGAAAUAUUUGGUAUUGCGACUAGCAAAUUUGUGAAAUGCACUUUACUUGUUUUCAGAAUAAAAAGAACCAGCCAGAAGCAAUUUGAAAUGAUGGUAAGGUUAAUGGAGAAAAAUCCUGACGUAGCCAGUGAAAUAGUACCGUUUGGGUCCACAAAAAAAAAUAGGAUGGAGUUGUGGGAAGGUAUUGCGGCUGAGUUGAAUAAUAUCGGCUUUUCAAUACGUAGUGGCAGCGAUUGGAAUAAGGUUUGGUUGUACUACAAGCUAAAAUUAAAGAAAAAACUGAAUUCGGAGAGAGACUGUAGCCAGAGGUGGAGGGCCUUACACUUAUUGUAGCUUAACGCCUUUAGAGCAGACCGUGCAGAAGUUGCUCAGUUUACAACAGGCAGUGAAUCCAACCGGGGAAACGUUUGGAACCACUGCCGCUGAAAAUUUAGAGAAAACAUGUGUCUUAGGUGUUUCUAGGCAAGUACCUAUAAGCGGAGUGAAGGAGCGCAAAAAGAUGCGUAUGAAGGCUUUAGAAAAGCAAGCGCAAACGCAAGAAUCUCUAUGAGUUAAGCAAAGUAAAACUAGCAUUAUAUAAAAUGAAAGAAUCCGCUCUCAGAAAGAUAAUAUUAAAAAAAAGGAAAAAAUUAAAUACUCAAAAUAAAAAAGGUUUAAGUACUACAGCAUUUAGGAAUGCAACUACACUAAUCACAAUGUAUUCGCUAUUUGUCUUCGGCGACGCUCCACUACUGAACCACUAAAGUUUUCUUCAACUGGUUCCAGUGGUACCACUACAUCAUUUAGAAUCAUUAACGUUAUACUGCUUACAAAUAUUGUAUAGAGCACAGCAUACAUUGUUGCUUUACUAGGAUGAUAUCGAUGUUUACGUUCACCUAGUAUACAACGAAAACGACAUUUUAGCACUCCAAUUGUCAUUUCAACUACGUUCCUUGCCUUUGCAUGUUUUUUAUUAAAAUGCUUGAUUCUGGUAAAGCAUCUCGGAAAGGUUUCCAUAGGUACUCAUGUAAUGGAUAACCUGAAUCACCUAAAUGAUGUUUUAUUUUAGUUUGUAUGUUAAGUAAACCGAAUUGUGAUAUUCUCUCGGGUAUUUUCGUUCCAAAUAUGUUUUAAACGAGCUAUUAUUACACACAAAUGAUUUUUGGAUCGGCCAUAUCUUGCGUCAACGCCUUAUGACCAUAUCAUGACUGCACACCUAAUUAAAUUUACUAAGGUUGUCAGUGGUCGACAUUCAAUCUAUAGAAUAUACAAUUUAUUAACAAUAUUAAUAGUAUUUAAAUUAUAUUGAAGA